GAUGACUUGCUUCUUCGGCACCUUCUGGCAGCCUCUGCUUCUCUCUCGAAAGCCGCACUCUAACUACAAGAGAAAUGGAAGACACGCCAAAACGGCACCGCUACGACGCGGCGGCCUCAGAGAACACGGUCGGUGUGAGUGAUGACCUUUUGGCUUGGCUGUACGUGGACGAGGACGCAGUUUCGCACCUAAUGGAGCUGCUGGAGGACGACGCGGAGAAGGGCUCGGUAAGUUCUGCCACCACCGCAGGCUCCAUGAAGGCAGCAAAAGUGAGGUUUAUUGAAUAUCCGUACUCGUUGCCGUUGAUUUUCCAGCCUUCGACUUCGUACGUCACCAUCAACGGCAACGAAGAGAGCUGCGGGUCUUCGUUCUCGGAGUCGGACUCAUCAGUGAUGGCUAGUGUCGAUAUGAGGGGGAUGCUAAGCAUUGGGAAGCGGCUAGCGCUGUUAGGAGAAGAGGCGUUUGCGUUCGGCGAAUGGAGCGUGGGGGAAGGGACGGGGGAGCCAAGCGAAGAAGAGACGCGUGGAUGGUCGGUUGUUUCUAGGGAAGGAGGAGCAAUGGACGGCUGUGAUGUGUUUGAAUGGGAUGAUAAAAUGCUGGAGAGGUUUCUGGGUGAAGAUUUGGAGCAGUGAAUAGUGAGGGUUUGUAAUUUCUUUACAUUUUAAAAAAGAAGUGUGAAAUGUAAAUAGAAUAUUAGAAUAUACGGAGAAAAGUAGGAAGAGAAUCGUUUCCCUUCCUCUCUAUGUUUUUUUUUUUGUUUGGUUAGUUCUGUAAAGAGUACUUACCCAGAAAGUUGAAUAGGAAGGAAGGAGAGAGAAUAGUAGGCAAACACUUCUAUUUUCAUUUUUUUUUUAUUGCAUCUCUUUCUUCUUUUUGUUA